AUGAUGCCAACCAGCUGGCCGGCGCCGCCACCCGGCGUUGCGUACGGAGCACCUCCUGCCAACUACGCCUACCCUCCCAAUCCGGCAUACACCGCAGUCCAGGCUCGCCAGAGCUUCGGCCAGUAUCCUCCUCCCCCAGCCGCCGCACCCGUCUACAGUCCGCCCCAGCCCGUGGUCUCCUACGAUCAGAGUGCGCAAGUCCCGCCAGCGCAGCCGCCACGAAAGGUGGAAUGGCCAGCCUCUGUCCGCGAUUAUGUCCAAAAGUCCUUUCUUCCUGCCAACAUGGAUCCGUCCGUGUCUCGUCCCGAGAUUGAAGCCAAGUUGAAGGCGACCAUCUCCCAGCAUAUGGAGAACGGAACUCUCGAGUCUACCGACUGGGAGAACAUGCCGUGUCCCGCCGCCCUGAUCAAAAAUGAACGCCAACUUCAACUGAACUCCUCUCCGAGUGCUGCCUUCUCGUAUGAUACGCGAUAUGAAAACUCGACGCCCAACCCGAAAAAGCGCAAGUCCAAUGAAUUCACAUCGGAUGACAAAUCUGCUGUGCCUUGGCGCUCUACUAACAGCCACCGAUCCAACGCCCUGGAAGAUCGCAUCACCUUCGCCUCCCCCGACAAACGCGCCAGCUUCGACGAACCUCUGCCCAAGUCAAGUAAGUUUCAGAAGCAGUUGGAGAAGCGUCAACGCCGUUUCGAUGGCGGCUACAAGUCUGCCUACCGGUCGCCCAGCCCUCCUCCCUCGGAUGGUCCCGUUGUCGGCACCAGCGAGACGUUGGAGAAGCGGUACCUGCGGUUGACGGCUCCUCCCGUUCCUUCCCAGGUCCGGCCGGAGCGAGUCCUGCACAAGACCAUCGAUCUCCUUAAGAAGAAGUGGAAGAAGGAGGGCAACUAUUCUUACAUUUGCGACCAGCUCAAGUCCAUGCGUCAAGACCUGACAGUCCAGCGGAUCAAAAACGACUUCACAGUGUCCGUAUACGAACUCCACGCCCGCAUUGCCUUGGAGAAGGGGGACCUUGGUGAGUAUAAUCAGUGCCAAACGCAGUUGCGUACCCUGUACGCAAAGGGACUGAAAGGGAACCCCAUCGAAUUCAAGGCGUAUCGCAUUUUGUAUUUCAUUCACACCGCCAACCGUACCGGCCUUAAUGAUGCGUUGGCAGAUCUAACCACAGCAGAGAAGGAGGAGCGACCCAUCAAGCACGCGUUGCAGGUGCGGUCUGCUCUCGCCUUGGGAAACUAUCACAAGUUCUUCCAGCUUUACUUGGAUACUCCCAAUAUGGGAGCGUACCUCAUGGACAUGUUCGUUGUUCGUGAACGUCUCGCUGCAUUGUGCAACAUUUGCAAGGCAUACAAGCCAGACGUAAAGUUACGAUUCAUCACUGAGGAACUCGGUUUCGAGUCCGACGUUGAUGCGGCUCAGUUCAUUGUCGACUUCAAUGGCCAGCACCUGCUCGAAGAACGACCAGACUACAUUGCUCUCCUGACCGGGAAAGCCGGACCGCUGUUCGAAUCUGCGAGGACCGAGGCGUUCCGCAAGGUUGACAUCAAAGGCCAGAUCUGA